ACCGCGGGGCGGGGGGAGGGGGGCGGCUCCCGCCCCCACCCGCCAUCUGGCCUUCCCGCCGCCAUGGCCGGCGUUCGCGCCGGUGCGCAGAUGCCGCAUCUGAGCAAGAUGGAGCGGGUGGUCGUGAGUAUGCAGGACCCCGACCAGGGCGUGAAGAUGCGGAGCCAGCGCCUGCUCAUCACCGUCAUUCCGCACAUGGUGGCUGGCAGCGACCUCGUGGAGUGGUUGAUCCAGAAGUACUGCAUCUCAGAGGAGGAGGCCCUGCACCUGGGCACUCUCCUGGUGCAGCACGGCUACCUGUACCCGCUGCGAGACCCCCGCUGUCUUGUGCUCCGGCCAGACGACACACCCUACAGAUUUCAGACGCCCUAUUUCUGGAUGAGCACGCUGUGGCCAGCUACUGAGCUGGACUAUGCCAUCUACCUGGCGAAGAAGAACAUCCGAAAGCAGGGGGCCCUGAUCGGCCAUGAGAAGGAACACUAUGGCCAGCUGCAGAGGAAGAUCAACCACACAUGGGACCUGGUGGUGAUGCAAGCGAGAGAACAGCUUCGGGCAGCUAAGCAGCGCAGGAAGGGGGACAGGCUGGUCAUGGCGUGCCAGGAGCAGAUGUACUGGCUGGUGAAUAGGCCUCCGCCAGGGGUCCCCAGCGUCCUGGAGCAGGGUCCAGAGUGCAGUUCCUGCACUGCCGGGCAAGCGCGGAUGUCCCCACAGGGCGUGCCUUCUAAUUGCAGCCCGCCCGGCCCCUUCCAGACCAAGAAUAUAGAUUUCUACAAGCAGGAGAUGGAGCUGUGCAGAAAAGCCCUGGGCAGGGCCCGGGUGAAGUCCUCUGUCUGCCUUGAGGCGUACCUGAAGUUCAGCAGCCAACGUGAGCCGCAUGAUCCCAUCAUGUCAGGGUGCCUGCCUGGCAACCCCUGGGUCACAGACGAUGACACCUACUGGACCAUGAACGCACCCAGUGUGGCUGUGCCCACGAAGCUCCGCGUGGAGCGAUGGGGCUUCAGCUUCCAGGAGCUCUUGGAAGACCCUGUGGGACGGGCGCAUUUCAUGGCCUUUCUCGGGACAGAGUUCAGCGCUGAGAACCUGAGCUUCUGGGAGGCAUGCGAGGAGCUGCGCCAUGGAGGGCAGGCCCAGGUCCGCGCCAUGGUGGACGCCGUGUACCAGCAGUUCCUGGCCCCUGGCGCUGCCCGGUGGGUCAACAUCGACAGCCAGACGAUGGAGCGGACCCUGGAGGGUCUGCACCAGCCCCACCGCUAUGUGCUGGAUGACGCCCAGCUGCACAUCUACAUGCUGAUGAAGAAGGACUCCUACCCGAGGUUCCUGAAGUCUGCCGCCUACAAAGACCUGCUGGCCGAAGCCGUGAUUCCCCCAGAGGCCAAGAAACGGGUGUUCCCGUUCAUGCGGAAGCUGCCGCAUUCGAGCCCCAGCCCCGCUCUGCUUCCUGCCGCCACCUCUGGGGAGCCCGCGGCUGCCGCCAGUGGCCCUGAGUGUGGUGAGGGGGGCGCCUAAGUGGGCAUAAGCGCCACCCUCACGUCUUGCCCAGGGUCCUGGCCACUUUUGAGAGCCCUGGCACGGGCGUCCCCUCGUGCCCAGAGGCCCCGGCCUUGCUGUGGGGCAAACGGACCUCUUGGGCUCCCCACCUUUUUCCUUGUCAAGCCCUCUCGACACCUCCCCACCUCCAGAACCAUAAACUGCUGGCAGAUACCAGGUGGGCCUCCGGCAGGUGGCGCUUGUCAUAGGAGGAGAUGCAGGCCGCCGGGUGGAUUUCCCCGGGGUGCUCCGCCCAGUGUGACCCUGUGGGGACCCCACACCACGUCCCCGCUUCUGCUGGGGGCGCCUCAGCCUUCCAGUCAGCCUAGAGCCAUCCUCCUGCGUCUCGCCUACACUGUGGCCGCCACCGUGCACGUCCCAGGCCUCAUGCCACAGGGGCGCCUCUGGCCGGUGUCCUGGAGGCUGUGGCUUCUCCAGCAGAGUUGCCCAGGGACGGCCCCAACGGCCCCACCCUGGUGACCACUGGUGCCAGCUCCCGGCAGGGGCAGGUGGAGCCCUUGGGGGAGGAGGGGACGCCAGACCCGGGCGAAGGACAGUUGGUCCUCUGGGAGCGCAGCUCUGUGGGGCCAGAGGGAGCGGCGCCCCCUUUCCUGCUCCCACCCACGCCGACGCGGAAAUAAAAGACCCGCAGCUCUCA